CUAAUUGUGCUCUUGUAUCGGUAUUUAAAACCCAUUAGCAUAGGCAAAGUCUAUAAGAGUCAUCACAUGCAAAAUUCCAUAGAAAAAAAACAUGUCCCUGAAAGGAAUUCUCAAGUCGAUUUUGGGAAAACCAAGUAAAAAAAGCAAUCCUCUUCAACCUCCCAUAGCAUCUUCUUCUUCUUCUUCUACUUCUUAUUCAUCAUCAUCAUCGCUACCAACUCGUCAAUACAGCUACGAUGUCUUCCCAAGCUUCUCGGGUCAAGAUGUCCGCAGAACCUUUCUCAGCCACUUUGUUGAAGGCUUGAAAAGCAAGGGAAUUAAAACGUUUAUAGACAAUGGGAUCAUGAGGAGCGAAUCUAUCAACUCAGAGCUCAUAAGAGCUAUUAAGGAAUCGAGGGUUGCCGUUGUGAUCCUAUCUAAGAACUACUCCUCUUCAAGCUGGUGUCUAAACGAGCUGGAAUUGAUCAUGGAGUGUAGGGACACUCUCGGGCAGACUGUGAUGCCAAUCUUCUACGAUGUGGAUCCUUCUGAUGUCAGAAAACAAACCGGAGAUUUUGGAAAGGCCUUUGAGGAAAGUUGUCAUGGGAAGACAGAAGAACAAAAAGAAAAAUGGACAAAAGCUUUGAAUCAAGUUGCAGUUAUUGCCGGAGAACACUCUGUUUCAUGGGCUAGUGAAGCUGAGAUGAUCUCGAAGAUUGUCAUGGAUGUUGCUAACGAGCUGCCAUCAACAGAUUUUGAUCGGUUAGUUGGAAUUGAAGCUCACGUGAAAGAGGUGAAAUCGAUGCUAAGCUUAGCAUCCGAUGAGGUUAAGAUAGUAGGGAUCUGGGGUCCUGCAGGUAUUGGCAAAACCACCAUAGCUAGAGCUUUGUACGAUCAAGUUUCCAGCAAUUUCCAGCUUAAGUUUUAUAUGGAGAAUCUUGAAGGGAAGAAAAAAGUGCUUAUACAUGGCACUAUCCGCUUGAAACAUUAUUUGCAAAAGGACUUGCUCUCCGGAGUAUUAGAUUAUAGAGACAUGAAGAUACUUGACUUACAAGAAACGCAAUUUAGGUUAAACCACCAGAGAGUCCUUCUCGUUCUUGAUGAUUUGCUUCCUGAGGAGCUGCAAGCGUUGGGAGAUAUAAUUAAGGGUCUUAGAUUCGGCAGUAAAGUGAUUGUGACCAGUGAAGAUAUAGAUACAUUGAGAGAAUGCGGGUCCAACGAGAUCCAGACCUACAGAGUUGCUUUCCCAUCGAGCGAGAAGGCUAUGCAGAUCUUCUCCUACUCUGCGUUUGGACAAAGCUCUCCACCAAGAGGUUACUUGGAGCAUGCCGUUGAAGUAACGAAGCUUGUUACUCCAAUUCCACUUGGUCUCAAAGUAUUAGGUUCGUAUUUGCGUGGAAAGAGCAAAGAUGAGUGGAUAGUGACUCUAUCUACGCUCAGAACCUCUCCUUAUGAUGACAAGCAUAUCUGGAGAGUAAUUAGAUUUGCAUAUGAUCAACUAUCCUAUAAACAUAAAUAUAUACUUUACGAGUUACAAAGUGGAAUUGAUUUGGAUGAGAACGUGAACAAGGCCAUAUUCUUCCUUGCCCAGAGGGAUUGGGACGUGGAGAAAGGGAUACAAACGCUAGCUGACAUGGCGCUCAUCUCUAAAUUAGGGGACGGAAGAAUCAUAAUGCAUUAUUUGGUACAGUAUUGUGCUAAAAAAUUCAUGUGGCCCGAUUAGUACUUAGUAGCUUGAACCAUGGAGUACUAUGAAAAAUUUUAGUCUUUUAAUUUUCCAUGUAAUUGUGCAGCAUUAGAGUUAGAGCUCUUAUUACAUGGUUUUAUCUUUCUUCUUUUGUGAGUUACACAUACAAUGAUC